AUGUCGUGGGAAGGAUUCAAGAAAGCAGUUCACAGAGCAGGUGCAUCCGUCACCGUAAAAGAUGUCGAUAAGACAAUGGAUAAGGAUUUUGAUGUGGAAGAAAGACGUUACAAGACAUUGAAGGCUGCAGGUGUCAACUUGCAAAAGGCCACUAAGGGUUACUUAGACUCCUUGAGGGCGGUAACCGCAUCCCAGGUCACAAUUGCUGAAACGAUAUCCAAUUUGUACGAAGAAUCAAAGCAAGGUGCUAGUGCCUCAUACAGUGACGUUGGAUCCUAUUACUUACAGGCAGUUAGAGAUUUUGAUGAGGAAACCGUUAAACAAGUAGAUGGACCGUUUAGAGAAACCAUUUUAGAUCCUGUGACAAAGUUUGCCAAUUACUUCAAUGAAGUUGACGAAGCCAUAAAGAAAAGAUCCCACAAAAAAUUGGACUAUGAUCAAUGCAAAGCAAAAGUUAGAAAGUUGAUUGACAAGCCUGCAAAGGAUGCGGCAAAGUUGCCUGCAGCUGAGAGAGAAUUAUCAGUAGCAAAGUCUAUAUACGAAGAUUUAAACGAACAAUUGAAAGCAGAGUUACCUCAGUUGAUCUCAUUAAGAGUCCCAUAUUAUGAUCCUUCCUUUGAAAGUUUGGUGAAGAUUCAAUUGAAGUUCUGUACUGAGGGUUAUUCAAGAGUUGCACAAGUUCAACAGUAUCUUGAUCAAAGUUCGAGAGAUGAGUACGCCAAUGGAUUAUUGGAUGGUAAGAUCGAUGAUCUCUUGAAUCAAAUGAGCUCUUUGAAUAUAGCAACAUUACAGAAGUAA